CUCUCAUCUCUAGCAUGCUUAGAGUAACUAGCCUCCGUGUUCUCAGCUUACAGUUCUAGUUCACUGCACCUCGAAAGGCAUCUCCUAAUCAAGCCAAUCGCCAUGGCCGACAGAAGUAGUAGUUCUAGUCAAAUGGCACUGGAUUCGCGAUUGAUUACCGCGCACGGCGCCACGGAACAUUCAGCGGAGCCCGCGUUGCUCCCCACCACGUCCGCCUUCUUCUCGUCCAACAAAUCCGCCGACUCCUCCUCGUCCCCGUCCGCCUCCUCGUACUCCUCCUCGCACGGCAGCAGCGCCAAGGCCUAUCAAGACGUCCCUAUCUACCGCGCCACGGACGCAUCGCCACAGCCCGAAGCGCCCUCUCCGUCGUUUAGUCCGUUUCGGUCGGUCCCCUACAGCGACCGCUUUAUUCCCAGCCGCUCCUCGUCGCUCGCCUUCGCCUUCCCGCUCCUCGACCGGCCCGGCGACGUCGCGCAAGCGUCGCACGGGUUCGGCGCGGGGCCCGAGGGGCGGGAGGACAGCGCGGCGGCGUACUCGCUGCUGCUCAAGGCGCAGCUGCUCGGCGCGCAGCUCUCCGCGCCCCCCGCGCCUGGAUCGAGUUCCGCGCAAGAAUCGGAGUGCGUUCUCGGUAGACCAUGCCGCGUCCCCCUACUUUCCGCCGCCACCUCCCCCUACUCCUCGUCCGCCUCCCCUCUCGCCCCCAAGAAUCUCUUCCGCUAUAUCAACGGCGCGAGCAGCGCAGGCGGCGCCGCGGAUCACGGCGGGGGAUGCGGGUUGGAGUCGCCGCUGUCGCUGUCGCCCAUCGGGCUGGACGCCGCGUUGUGCGGGCUGCCGUUCAGCCCCAAGAAGGCGCCGCGAAAGAUCGCGAGGUCGCCGUUCAAGGUGCUGGACGCGCCCGCCCUACAAGACGACUUCUAUCUGAACCUCGUCGACUGGUCGUCCACCAACGUGCUCGCCGUGGGCCUCGGCUCCUGCGUCUACCUCUGGAGCGCCGCCAGCAGCAAGGUGACCAAGCUGGUGGACGUGGGCCCCAACGACGCCGUGUGCUCCGUGAGCUGGACGCAGCGAGGCACGCUGCUGGCCGUCGGCACCAACAACGGCCACGUGCAGGUGUGGGACGUGGUGAAGGGGCGUCGAGUGCGGUCGAUGGGCGGCCACAGGGUGCGAGUGGGCGCCAUGGCGUGGGCAGCCAACAUGUUGGCGACGGGCAGCAGGGACCGCAGUGUGCUGCAGCGGGACGUGCGCUCGCCCAUGGACUUCGUGUCGCGGCUCACGGCGCACCGCAGCGAGGUGUGCGGGCUGAAAUGGUCGCCGGACGACAGGGAGCUGGCGUCGGGAGGCAACGACAACCAGCUGUUGAUCUGGAGCGUGCUGACCUCACAGCAGCCGGUGGUGCGCUUCUCCCAGCACCAAGCAGCAGUGAAGGCCAUCGCCUGGUCGCCCCACCAGCACGGGCUGCUGGCGUCAGGAGGCGGCACGGCGGACCGCUGCAUUCGCUUCUGGAACACAGCCACCGGCACACCGCUGUCGUGGGUGGACACUGGCAGUCAGGUGUGCAAUCUGCUGUGGUCGCGCAAUGCCAACGAGUUGGCCAGCACGCACGGCUACUCGCAGAACCAAGUCGUUGUCUGGAAAUACCCCUCCAUGGCUAAGCUGGCCACCCUAACAGGCCACACCAUGCGGGUGCUCUUCCUCGCCGUGUCUCCGGACGGCCAGACCAUCGUCACGGGAGCAGGCGAUGAAACCCUUCGAUUCUGGAACGUCUUUCCGGGACCCAAGUCGCAGGGCCCUCCAAGCUCGUCAAUGCUGGCAUCGGAGCGCAGCCACAUCCGCUGAUGCCUGCGCCUAGCAGCUGUGUGCGAUGACCUGCAUUCCUUGUUCCGACGACACCGGCGUGGAUUUGCUCUUGCCACGUGCGUGCGAGUCAACCUUGGUGCGCGGCAUCAGCUCUCGAAGGGGCCAUGCCAGCUCUUGAAAGGACGCCUGGGAGCAGCAAUGUGGUCAGGAAGAGGGGAAUUGGAGUGGCCUUGGAGUGGCCUUGGACCAAAGGAAGAAGGAAGAUGAGGGGGAACGAUCCUGCUUCUGCUUCUUGCUGUUGCCGCUGUUGCAGCGUUAGUGGUAGUGGAAUAGAUGGCGGUGAGAAUCGGUGCGGUGCACGCCUUGCGCCAUCUGUGGCAUGCUGCAUGCACUAGUAGCCUCUGCUCCUGGGCCGCAAUCCAAGCCAGUGCUGAUGGCACUGCUGUGUGCACGUGCGUGUAUAUUGUGCUGUGCUUGAUGCUGUACUACUGGAUCCAAGAGAUUUGCCGCCCUAUUUUUGGGAGUGGAUGGCGAUGUCUAUCUUAUUCAAUCCCA